AUGACCAACACACCGCUUGUUGCCAGCUACAAAUCUCCCAGCGAUGCGCGCACCUUUUCUCUGGAUGUGCCGCUGCUUCCGCAGUCGGGGAGCGUAGAGGAGAAGACGACAUAUCUCGCAGGCCUGCGCGCCAACGCUUCGAAGCUGCAGGGCGAAAUCAACACUUUCCUCACUCAGAAAAUGGACGAGGAGAAAGCUUCCGAGACGGGCAAACCUGGCGCACCUAAGGCAAAUGAGGAUCGCGAAGAAGACAUGUAUGGCGAAGAGGACCCUGAGAAGGACGGUUGA